AUGCUAGUGAAUUUUUAUCCUGGUGAAAUUCACGUCAACUCCAAAUUGUUCAGCUGUUUUCUCAGUUGUCAGGGUCGGAACACGAAAGAUCUGCUGACCAUUCAAAAGCGAACGAACGUAGACGAAAACGAACAUGGCACAGCCCUCCAUAGAGCCGUUCAAAUGGGAAACGCCGUCAUGGCACGGAACCUUCUUAGCAACAAAUCUGUAUGGAUCGACGAAGAAGAUGGUCGAGGUCGAACAGCGUUGCACUAUGCUAUGGAGCAGGACUCGUUUGAGGUUGUGGAGGUAUUGGUGAAUGGAGGAGCCAAUCUGGACUGUGUGGACUACCAUGGCACUUCGGCUUGUCACCUGGCUUGUAAAGAGGAGAAAAUAGAUGCGGUGAGGCUUCUUCUCUAA